AGUAUGAUUUGAUUGGUGAGCGUGAUGUGGACAACCAGGGAAAGCCGAUAGGCCCAGCGGGGGCCCGGGAUUGGCAAGGGCUGCAGCCAAUCGGAGGACAGAAGCGCGGAAAGUUUGCUCAAUGGGUGAUGUCGGAGGGAGGCUGUCACUCAGGUGGCGGCGGCGGAGGCUGGGCUGAGACGUGGCUGAGGGAACUCGAGUGGCUGUCCAGGCCAUCCGGGCGGCAGCGAGGUCCCUAGCGCAUUCCUGCCCAGGUCGGAGGCUCCGAGGGGCGGCCGGCGGCGGCUGCGUCCCCAUGUCCGCGCGCGGGGCGGGCCGCUGAUGGAGCGCGCCGUGCGCCCGGGGUCGCUGGUGAGGGCGCUGCUGCUGCCCCUGCUGCUGGCGCUGACCGUGGGCACCGGGGCCGCGGGGCGUGUCCGGGACCUGCCCGCGCCCAGAACGAACGCUGCGUUCGGCCUGGGGGCCGCGGCCGCUCCCACGUCGGCCGCGCGAAUGCCGGCGGCCGGGGCCGUGGCCGGGGCCGAGGUGACGGUGGAGGACGCCGAGGCGCUCCCUGCGACUACGGGCGAGCCGGAGCCGCGGGGGCCUGGCCCCGACGACGAGGCUGAGCUGCGAUCGCCAGGCAGAUCAUUAGUGAUUAUCAGCACUUUAGAUGGCAGGAUUGCUGCCUUGGAUCCUGAGAAUCAUGGCAAAAAGCAGUGGGAUUUGGAUGUUGGAUCUGGUGCCUUGGUUUCAUCCAGCCUUAGCAAACCAGAGGUGUUUGGGAAUAAGGUAAUCAUUCCUUCCCUGGACGGAGACCUCUUCCAGUGGGACCGAGACCGGGAGAGCAUGGAAACCGUUCCUUUCACAGUUGAAUCCCUUCUCGAAUCUUCUUACAAAUUUGGAGAUGAUGUGGUUUUGGUUGGAGGAAAGUCUCUCACUACAUAUGGACUCGGUGCCUAUAGUGGAAAGGUGAGGUACAUCUGUUCCGCUCUGGGUUGUCGCCGAUGGGACGGCGAGGACAUGGAGGAGGAGGACAUCCUGCUGCUGCAGCGCACCCAGAAGACCGUGCGCGCCGUCGGCCCUCGCAGUGGCAACGAGAAGUGGAAUUUCAGUGUUGGCCACUUUGAACUUCGGUAUAUUCCAGACAUGGAAACUAGAGCCGGAUUUAUUGAAAGCACCUUUAAGCCCAGUGAGAACAAAGAAGAGUCUAACAUUAUUUCAGAUGUGGAAGAACAGGAAGCUGGCACUAUGGACACGGUGAUAAAGGUCUCGGUUGCUGACUGGAAGGUCAUGGCAUUCAGCAAGAAGGGAGGACAUCUGGAGUGGGAGUACCAGUUUUGUACUCCAAUUGCAUCCGCCUGGCUGGUGAAGGAUGGGAAAGUCAUUCCCAUCAGCCUUUUUGACGAUACAAGUUACACACCUAACCAGGAAGUCUUGGAAGAGGAGGAAGACAUAGUCGAAGCAGCCCGAGGAGCCACAGAGAGCAGUGUUUAUUUGGGGAUGUAUAGAGGCCAGCUGUAUAUGCAGUCAUCCGUCAGAAUUUCAGAAAAGUUUCCCACAAGUCCCAAAGCCUUGGAAUCCGUCAAUAACGACAAUGCAAUUAUUCCUCUGCCAACAAUCAAAUGGAAGCCCUUAAUUCAUUCCCCUUCCCGGACUCCCGUCUUGGUGGGAUCUGAUGAAUUUGACAAAUGCCUCAGUAACGAUAAGUUUUCUCACGAGGAAUACAGCAAUGGGGCACUUUCGAUUCUACAGUAUCCAUAUGAUAACGGAUACUAUCUGCCAUACUACAAGAGGGACAGGAACAAGCGGAGCACCCAGAUCACCGUGAGAUUCCUGGACAACCCCAGUUACAGCAAGAACAUCCGCCGGAAGGACCCCGUGCUCCUGCUGCACUGGUGGAAGGAGAUCCUGGGGACCAUCCUGUUCUGUAUCAUAGCAACAACCUUCAUUGUGCGCCGGCUCUUCCAUCCUCAUCCCCACAGACAAAGGAAGGAGUCUGAAACUCAAUGUCAGACCGAAAAUAAAUACGACGCUGUAAGUGGUGAAGCCAGUGACAGUAGCUGGAAUGAUCUGAAAAUCUCUGGAUACGUGUCGCGAUACCUAACAGACUUUGAACCAAUCCAGUGCCUGGGCCGUGGGGGCUUCGGGGUUGUCUUUGAAGCCAGAAACAAAGUAGAUGAUUGCAAUUAUGCCAUCAAAAGGAUCCGGCUCCCCAACAGGGAACUGGCUCGGGAAAAGGUAAUGCGAGAAGUGAAGGCCUUAGCCAAGCUCGAACACCCGGGCAUAGUCAGGUAUUUCAAUGCCUGGCUUGAAGCCCCACCGGAGAAGUGGCAAGAAAAGAUGGAUGAAAUCUGGCUCAAAGAUGAAAGCACAGACUGGCCACUCAGCUCCCCCAGCCCGAUGGAUGCCCCCUCAGUUAAAAUCCGCAGAGUGGGUCCUUUCUCUACAAAAGAACACAUUGAAAUCAUAGCUCCUUCCCUGCAAAGAAGCAGGUCCUUCUCCGUCGGGAUCUCCUGCGGCCAGACGAGUUCGUCGGAGAGCCAGUUUUCCCCGCUGGAAUUCUCCGGAACGGAGCAGGGAGACAUCAGCGAGUCUGGGGGCGUGGCCUCCAACCUCCUGGACAGUUGCCUUACAGACUGCGAUGUGGAAGAUGGGACUAUGGAUGGCAACGAUGAGGGCCACCCCUUUGAACUCUGUCCCUCGAAAGCCUCUCCCUACAGCAGGUUCAGGGAGAGGACCUCCUCGUCUAUAGUGUUUGAGGAUUCUGGCUGCGACAACGCAUCCAGCAAAGAGGAGCCCGGAGCCCGGCGGCUGCGGCUCGGCAGCCACUGUGCUAACAAACUGAGCUUCCUCCGGUACUACAGCAGCAGCAGCAGCAGCAGCUCUGCUUCGGAACCUACCCUGUCCGUUUCCCCUUCCAGGCCCACCACGUUAAGUCUAGAUCUCACAAAGAACACUACUGAGAAACUCCAGCCCAGUUCCCCCAAGGUGUACCUGUACAUCCAGAUGCAGCUGUGCCGGAAGGAAAACCUCAAAGACUGGAUGAGCAGGCGCUGCACCCUGGAGGAGAGGGAGCGGAGCACGUGUCUGCACAUCUUCCUGCAGAUCACUGAGGCCGUGGACUUCCUGCACAGUAAAGGACUCAUGCACAGGGACCUCAAGCCCUCCAACAUAUUCUUUGCAAUGGACGACGUGGUUAAGGUUGGAGACUUUGGAUUAGUGACUGCAAUGGACCAGGACGAGGAAGAGCAGGCGGUUUUGACUCCGAUGCCAGCGUAUGCCACACACACAGGACAAGUAGGGACCAAACUCUAUAUGAGCCCAGAGCAGAAUCAUGGCAACAACUACUCUCAUAAAGUGGACAUCUUUUCCUUGGGCCUGAUUCUGUUUGAGCUGCUGUACCCUUUCGGCACUCAGAUGGAGAGAGUCAGGACCUUAACUGAUGUGAGAAAUCUCAAAUUUCCAUCACUGUUUACUCAGAAGUAUCCUCAAGAGUACGUGAUGGUCCAAGGCAUGCUGUCCCCGUCCCCCACUGACCGGCCCGAAGCCGCAAACAUCAUCGAAAACGCCGUGUUUGAGGAGCUGGAGUUGCCAGGGAAAACCGUGCUCCGACAGAGGUCACGCUCCGCGAGCUCCUCGGGAACAAAACACUCAAGACAGCCCAGCAGCUCGCAAAGCCCUCUGCCAGGCACCUAGCCCAGCACUUGGUGAUGGGGCGUGGCAAGCCUGGAAUAAGACUGGACUAUUUCCUGGAAGUCAGAGUUCAGCUGGACUUGGGAGCAUGACGCAGUCUGAGCCAGCUCUUGAUUUUGGCUGGACUGAAGAGGAAAGCUGUCUAAAUGACCAGGGGUCUGUCCGUGUCCCUGCGAUUGGCCAAGCUUCCGAUCGCUCCCGUUCUGCCUGGGGAGGGAGAUACUGUCCCUGUGUCCUGCAGAGCUUUUAAAUGGAGAUAUUUUUAUAGUGCAGAGGAAGGGAAGUCUCCCCCUCCCCACCAUGGAAUAACCGAAUGGUUCUAGAAGC